AUGUCCAAGCAAGGAGAAAAAAAGAAAGGGCGUAUUUUCGCCCCGAAUACGAACGUGGUUCGAUCGAAAGACAAAACCAAAGCAAGUGAUGAAAAGGUUCCGCCCGUUACUUUGCCCCUAGGAAGGGCACCAGCUGACACUGGCAAUAGUUCAGUGACGGAUCAUAAUACGGGUUCGCCUGAAGCUGAAAAUUUGUGUAAGGCAAAGGAAAAAGAACAGAAUCAUGAUACAAUGUCUGAUGUGGCUAAACUAUUCCAAGGGAACCAAAACAAGUACACACUUGUACAGUUUCCAAGUGUGAUUCCAAUUACACCCGACGAUAAGGGCAACCCUUCACCAUUAUCUAGCGUUGAGGAGGGUCUCUUGGGUAAAAUUGAAAUAAGGAAAAGUGGCAAAGCGCAUCUGGUAGUGGGAGAAAAUAGACUUAUGAUGGAAACUGGAGUUACUAGAUCUUUCAGACAAGAACUGAUCGUCGCGAAAAUCAAAGACGACAAGUCUGAAGGCACUUUGGUAGAAAUGGGACCUGUCCAACAAUCACUUGUGUUAAGCGUCGAUUGGGAGACACUUUUGAAGAAAAAUGAAAAGUCAGAAUAAAUGA